GUCACUCUCUUCCCAUUCGCGAGUCUCACCCCUCAUCUGAAGCCCAAAAAUCAAAAUUACCGAACCAAAACCCUAGCUUCCUCCUCAACGGUUCUGCCGCAGUGCCGCCACCGUCCGUGUUGUCGGCGCCGUCCGUGGCUUCCUCUUUCCCCCUAUCCCGAACCCAAGCCCUCUCUUGUAGGCUAUAGCUCGGCACGUCGUCCCCAUCCUCCGGCUUCUCUGUUCGAGGCUUGGAGCAGCUCGCCGUCGUGUCGCCGCUCGCCGCUCGCCGUCCGUCUCUCCGUCGAAGUUAAACCGGUUUAACCUCUGAACCGUUGAACCAAUUACUCUACCAGUUCAUUGAUCGGUCUGGUUCUCGCAACUUUGAUGAAAACGAUAUGACAGAGAGAGAAAGAGAGAGAGAGAAAGAGAGAGGAGAAUGGCAAGAAUAAGCAAAGAGGCGAUGGGUCCAGUGGGGAAGAGGCUCUCGGAGGUUUUGGUUUGUCCUCUCUCGAAGCAUACCUUGAGGUACUACCAGGAAACCAAUUCCCUAAUCAGUAAUGCCAUUCCCGUUUCCUUUCCUAUAAAAAACGGGAUCCCUUGCUUGGUUCCACAAGAUGGGAAGAUACUCGAGGAAGAAGAUGGCAAGGACACAACCACAACAACUCUCUCCCCCUUCAAUGCCUUCCACGCGAUUCUCCAGAGUGCGUGCCACACCAACCGCCACCUCCUCCAAAUUCAGGCACUCCUCACCACCACCGCCCUACUCCGCAACCCUCACAUUGCACGCACCCUUCUGAGUCGCGCCUCACACCUAUGCGACGUCGCUUACACCCUUUUAAUCUUCCAUCACUUCAACAACACCUUAGACACGUUUUGCGUCAACACAAUGAUCCAGGCUUAUUCUAACAGCCACGUUCCUCAUCAAGCUCUUGCUUUUUUCUUUAAUUCUUUGCACAGUGGUUUCUUUCCCAACAGCUACACCUUUGUGCCCCUCAUUGGUUCCUGUGCCAAGAUGGGUUGCCUUCAAUCUGGGAGGAAGUGCCACGGUCAAUCCCUGAAGAAUGGGGUUGAUGGGGUGCUACCGGUUCAGAACUCUUUGAUUCACAUGUAUGGGUGCUGCGGUGAUAUUGGAGUUGCUAGGGUAGUGUUUGACACAAUGUUGAGCAGGGAUUUGGUUUCGUGGAACUCGAUCAUUGAUGGAUAUGUAACGGUUGGUGAAUUGAAUGCUGCAUAUGCACUGUUUGAUGAAAUGCCCGAAAGGAAUUUGAUUACUUGGAAUGUUAUGAUUGCUGGCCAUUUGAAGGCUAGGAACCCUGGCUUUGCCUUGAAGUUGUUCCGGGAGAUGGGUAGGUUGGGAUUGAAGGGUAAUGCUAGGACUAUGGUAUCUGUGAUUACGGCUUGUGGCCGGUCAGCUAGACUCAAGGAAGGAAGAUCAGUUCACGCGAGCAUCAUUAGGACGUUAGCAAGGUUGAGCUUGAUUAUUGAUACGGCUUUGAUCGACAUGUACUGCAAAUGCAAGAGGGUGGAUGUAGCACAUGUAGUGUUUGAGAGGAUGGCAAACAGGAAUUUGGUUUCCUGGAAUGCGAUGAUCUUGGGGCACUGCAUUCGUGGAAAUCCCGAAGAUGGACUAAACCUAUUUGAUUUAAUGGUUGGUAUGGAGAAGAUGAAGCAUGAGGUUGAACUUGAUAAGAUUAUAAGUGCAGACAGAAGUCUGGCUAGGUUAUCCCCUGACGAAGUAACCUUCAUUGGCAUUUUGUGUGCCUGCGCUCGUGCAGAGAAGUUAACUGCGGGCAGGUUUUACUUCAAGCAAAUGACUGAUGUGUUCAAUGUGAAGCCCAAUUUUGCUCAUUUUUGGUGCAUGGCGAAUCUUCUGGCGAACGUAGGGCUAGUUGAUGAGGCAGAAGAAUUCCUGAGGAACAUCAUAAAAUUUGAUGGAGAUAUGUCAUAUGAGUCAUUACUAUGGGCAAAUUUGCUCGGUUUCUGCCAUUUCAAAAGAGAUGUGGACUUGGGUGAGCGAAUUGCAAAACUGGUGAUUGACCUGGAUCCGAAGAACCUUGCCUGUUACCAGUUCCUCCUUGUCAUUUAUGUUGUGGCUGAUCAACGGGAAAAUGUUUCCAUGGUGAAAAAGCUGGCGAAGGAUAGGCUAGGGGUAAUACCUGGAAGCACUCUUGUAGACUUGAAAAAUAUUGUUCACAAUUUCAAGGUGUCAAAUAGAUGGAGAGAAGGAUUCGAAGCAGUCAAUAAGAUGAUGGAUGAACUAGCUCAUAGAUUAGGGUUGGAAAUUUUUGAGUCAGGCCAGCCACUAGUAGACCGAAGAGAAAAUAUUAGCUAGGAUGAAGAUGAGUGAUAAAGCAAACCGUUUGAACAAGUAGCGGUCUAUUUCACUUUUUUUUUUCUUUCUUUUAGCUCCGCUCCCUUGAUUCUUUUUUGAAAUUUUGCCUAGGUGAUAGUUUCUCUUGUUUUGGUUCUUCCCGAGUGCACUGUAGUAUACCCCUCCCAGCAGUGCAUUUCUCUUUAGGCAUUCACUUGAAUACUAAUAGAUGAUUCCAGUUUUGGAUUGAGUUACUAUAUGUAUAACUCGAGCUUGUAAUAUGGUCAAGCACUGCAUACCAAUAUGGAUUUUUCUGCUAAGCUGUUACAGUAGGAUUAAUUAAUGAAAUGGAUUAGCCAAUGAUGCUAGAAUUACGAAUU